CGCUCAAACAGGAAGCGCUCAUUUCUGCUACGUGGAAGUAGCUUCUCUUCGGAUCGAGUUUGAGAGCGUCGUUCGCCCUCAUCCGUGAAACUCAUUCCGCGACAAUGAUUAAAAAAUUUGACAAGAAAGACGAAGAAUCUGGAAGUGGGUCGAACCCUUUCCAGCACCUGGAGAAGAGUGCAGUGUUGCAGGAGGCACGUAUCUUCAACGAGACGCCCAUCAACCCCAGAAGAUGUCUGCACAUCCUCACCAAGAUUAUUUACCUUCUCAACCAGGGAGAGCAUUUUGGGACCACAGAGGCGACUGAGGCCUUCUUUGCCAUGACGAGGCUCUUUCAGUCCAAUGAUCAAACCCUCAGGAGGAUGUGCUACCUGACCAUCAAAGAGAUGGCCAACAUCUCAGAGGAUGUCAUCAUUGUUACCAGCAGCCUGACCAAAGAUAUGACGGGGAAGGAAGAUGUGUACAGAGGACCUGCUAUCAGAGCCCUCUGCAGGAUCACUGACACCACCAUGCUGCAGGCCAUUGAGAGGUACAUGAAGCAGGCCAUUGUGGACAAGGUGCCCAGUGUGUCCAGUUCAGCACUGGUCUCCUCACUGCACAUGGUGAAGAUGAGCUAUGAUGUGGUGAAGCGCUGGGUGAAUGAGGCCCAGGAGGCUGCAUCCAGCGAUAAUAUCAUGGUCCAGUAUCAUGCCCUGGGCCUGUUGUACCACCUUAGGAAGAAUGACCGUCUUGCUGUAUCCAAGAUGCUCAACAAGUUCACCAAGUCUGGUCUCAAGUCUCCCUUUGCCUACUGCAUGCUCAUCCGGAUCGCCAGCAAACUGCUGGAGGAGACAGAAGGAGGCCACGACAGCCCCUUGUUUGACUUCAUUGAGAGCUGCCUGAGAAACAAGAAUGAGAUGGUGGUGUACGAGGCCGCCUCUGCCAUCGUCCACAUGCCCAACUGCACUGCCAGGGAGCUGGCACCCGCUGUCUCUGUGCUGCAACUCUUCUGCAGUUCUCCCAAAGCAGCUCUGAGAUACGCUGCAGUCAGGACUCUGAACAAGGUGGCAAUGAAGCACCCCUCAGCAGUGACUGCAUGCAACUUGGACCUGGAGAACCUGAUCACAGACUCAAACCGCAGCAUCGCCACGCUGGCCAUCACCACCCUGCUCAAGACCGGCAGUGAGAGCAGCGUGGACCGACUCAUGAAGCAGAUCUCCUCCUUUGUCUCUGAGAUCUCAGACGAGUUCAAGGUGGUGGUGGUGCAGGCCAUCAGCGCCCUGUGUCAGAAGUAUCCCAGGAAACACAGCGUCAUGAUGAACUUCCUGUCCAACAUGCUCAGAGACGAUGGUGGUUUUGAGUACAAGCGGGCCAUCGUGGACUGCAUCAUCAGCAUCAUCGAGGAGAACCCUGAGAGCAAAGAGACCGGUCUGGCCCACCUGUGUGAGUUCAUUGAGGACUGCGAGCACACGGUGCUGGCCACCAAGAUCCUGCACUUACUAGGCAAGGAGGGCCCGCGCACACCCUCGCCCUCCAAGUACAUCCGCUUCAUCUUCAACCGAGUGGUGCUGGAGAGCGAGGCUGUUCGAGCAGCUGCUGUCAGUGCUUUGGCUAAAUUUGGAGCCCAGAAUGAUGAUCUUCUCCCAAGUGUGCUGGUUCUCAUGCAGAGGUGUAUGAUGGACAGUGAUGAUGAGGUGCGUGACAGAGCUACGUUCUAUAUGAAUGUGCUCCAGCAGAAACAGAAGGCCCUCAAUGCAGCCUACAUCUUCAAUGGUCUGUCGGUGUCUAUCCCUGGCUUGGAGAAGUCACUCCACCAGUACACGCUGGAGCCCUCAGAGAAACCCUUCGACAUGAAGACGGUCCCUCUGGCCACCACACCUAUCACCGAGCAGAAGACAGAAAUCGCGCCUGUUGCCACCAGCAAGCUCCCAGAGAAACUGGCACCUUCACGCCAAGACAUAUACCAGGAACAACUGGCCUCCAUCCCCGAGUUUCAGGGGCUGGGUCCGCUCUUCAAGUCGUCCGAGCCGGUGCAGCUGACGGAGGCGGAGACGGAGUACGUGGUGCGCUGCAUCAAGCACACCUUCACCAGACACAUGGUCUUCCAGUUCGACUGCACCAACACCCUCAACGACCAGCUCCUGCAGAAGGUGGUGGUGCAGAUGGAGCCGUCAGAAGCCUACGAGGUGCUACACUACAUUCCUGCCCCCAGCCUCCCCUACAGCCAGCCUGGCUCCUGCUACAGCUUGGUCCGCCUGCCUGACGACGACCCCACCGCAGUGUCCUGUACAUUCAGUUGCACCAUGAAGUACUUGGUUAGAGACUGCGACCCCAACACAGGAGAGCCUGACGAUGAUGGUUAUGAUGAUGAAUACGUGUUGGAGGACCUGGAGGUGACGGUAGCAGACCACAUUCAGAAGGUUUUGAAGCCUAACUUUAGCGCGGCGUGGGAGGAGGUCGGAGAUGACUUUGAGAAGGAGGAGACCUUUGCCCUGGCGUCUGUACGGACUCUAGACGAGGCGGUUGGGAACAUCAUCAGCUUCCUGGGAAUGCAGCCAUGUGAGCGCUCCGACAAAGUUCCUGAAAACAAGAACUCUCAUGUGCUGUUCCUCGCUGGUGUGUUUCGGGGAGGUAACGACGUGCUGGUCCGCGCUCGCCUGGCGCUGGGCGACGGCGUCACCAUGCAGGUGACCGUUCGCAGCGGAGACGAGACGGCUGUCGACGUCAUCCUGGCGUCCGUAGGCUAAAGAGCUCAUCAUCCAGCCUCGUGCCAACCAUCUCUUCAUAACACACUGUAUCUGAUGCAUCACUUUAACCUGUCUUUUUCACAGCUCUCAGCAUACAGUGCUCUUAUUUUUGUCAGCUCAGUGUGUUCUUAUGUUUGUUAAAGAUGAUUUGAUGUCUGAUAAAACGAUAUCCGAUGCUAUGUGACUAUUAUGCUGACAUCAUCCAACUUUAAAAACAUUUUGUUACCAUGUCUAGUAUGUAAACGUAUGUGUUAACAUCCACCUUGAUGAUGAAUGACUUCAGUUGUUUCUUUAUUCUGGCUCCUGGUCUUCAUCCUGUUUUCUCUCAAUAAACAUGUCAGAUUUACCAAAUUCUGACUGUGGAGACGCA